AUGUUCUAUCUCUGUUUACUGCUUUUGUUGGCUGUGUUCCCUCAUGUAGAUGCUUGCCAUCCUCGAUUUGAAAAGGAGUUGCGAUAUCUUGACUUGUACCUUGGUAUCAGGCCGGACAAUGACGGUGACAUUCCGUCGAAAGAGUCAGCGGAGUUCGCUUCAUAUGUCUCCUCUGCUCAGUCUCUUGAUUGUGAUUUCGAAAGCGAAUGUCUGUGGAGAAAUGCAGUUACCGAUGUUUGCGAUGGUCCCACCUUGAUCUCAACCGCUGUCUCCACAACGCCCUUCGACUGCAGAAGCUUACGCAACUGUACCAAAACUGACAACAAGCUACUUCCGGUGCAGAUUCAACCGGGAAGAGCGGAUAUUGCAGAAGCAUCGCACCUGGUAUUAGCUGGUAACACAUCGAACAUAGCUGAAAGUGCAGUUCUUGUGAGUGCACCGAUAGCCUGCCAGAGGAAACCAGGAGACCUAACUUUCCACUAUUGGUUGUACAAUCACGCGAGAGUAGAAGUGAUCAUCGUUCGAGCUACACAUAGAAGAAGACAUUUGCAAACAUUGUUUCGUCCAAGAAUUAACUGUCAUAUUCUUCGACCUGGUAACGAUAUUUGUAAUGUGCGAAUUCCUCCAGUGACCGAACCAUUUCGGCUGGCAAUUCGAGCAUUUAAUCUCAAGGAUAAUGUCGUUGGAAGCAUGGUCAUGUUGAAAAAUAUCACAUAUCGCGCAGAAAUCUGUGGGGAGUCACCAUUUCCAUCCAUCUUUGGCUCAGUGCCACUGGCACCAAAAUCGUCAGUUCCGAUCGAGUCUAUCUCUGAUCUUAACUGUGAUCGCCCCCGAUCGAAAUGCAGGUGGAGUAAUGCUGAGUCUACCGUGUCGGAGUGGCGGAUUGGCCGAAAUGUUGACAAGUGGAAAGAGUUAAUGCAGUCAUCUGGAAUGGACAAGACCCAUCCUACAUCUGCUUUUCUGUUCCUAGCCGUGGAUUCCCUGUCACCUAGACGAUAUGCAACUCUUCGUAGUGAAUUGAUCCCUUGUACUCAGGCUACAACAACGCUUUCUAUGAGGUACUGGCUGAAAGCAGGCACUCAAGUUGAAGUUUGCUCUGUGGACAUCGAUGGCAUAGCGCUCAGUUGUGCUUACCUUAGUGAAGAAGACUCUCCAGGUCCUAUCGAAAUAGAUGUUGAUGCUUACGAUCAGCCUUUUAGGUUUACCAUGGAAAUGAUAGCUUUUGACGAGACAUCCAUAGGACUGGUGGCAAUUUCUGAUAUCCAACUAAAAGGACUGUUGUGUUCGGAGGAGCCGCCUCCAGUUGUAACAACCAUUGACCCACCUACGAUCGUAUCACUGUUUGGUUUGCAACAAGGUCCUGGCCCGAACACACCAUACCCGUCUGACUUAAACUGUGACUUCUCAAAAGACUACUGCAGUCAGUGGGUCAAUGAUGACGGUCUGGUUGCGUAUGGCGUUGCACCCAGAAACAGUGAGAAAUUCCCACUUCCAAGUGGAAUUAAAGGAAAUGUUGCCACAUUUGUGUUAGAGGGCAUGAAGACGUCGAUGUUGCGCUCAAGAGAAGUGUCCUGUGCGUACAACGCAUCUGUGACAGUAACUUACAUGAGAUCAGAACAUGGCCUCGUUCGCCUUUGCGCUCUUGGACACUGUGUGGAUGGUUCGAAAGUCGCUGGGGAAAUGACAGUUGUCGCCACAUCAGCUAAGCCAUUUGAGUUCUCUAUCGAAGCAGCAUCCCACAGGAACGCCGUGGUGGUGAUAAGCGACAUAUCAGUUUCUGGAAAUAUUUGUCCUUUGAAAACCAUACAGGAGCUCGUAUGUGAUAAGCUAAUGUGCGAUUUUAAUGGAAAUCUAUGCAAUUACGAGUCCCCUGUCGAUAAGGCAGACGAUAUAGCUUUGAUUCCCGGGCCUAAAGGAGCGACAGCCACUCUGGACAUGGGAAGACACAGGGCGAUACUUAGAAGUCCGAAAUUUGAUUUACCAUCACCGUUGAUCCUAAAUAUCACCGUAACGCAAGCCACUUUUGGUUCCAGGGUGUUAUUAUGUCCGGAUAUUAGCAGCGAGUCCGAAUCCUGUCACGAACUACUAGGACCCAAAGUAGAAACAUCGGAAAAGAAGGCAGUAAUUUUUCCUCUUGACGAAGGAGCACAACGCCUUGCUCUGGUGCUUUACCAUGAUAAGGCCGAACAAUUCGGUCCUGCUCACUUUAUUCUGCAUUCAGUAGAUAUUCGAUCAAGUCAAAACGAGAUGUUAUGUUGA